AUGGCCUCCUCAAAGGAUAUCCAGACUUCCUCGAGGCCAUUGAUCCAGCACCGCCAAUCGAUCACGUCCGGCUCCCCGUCCUCGCUGCCAACGCACCGACCUACGGCUCACUCUCGAAAUGGCUCACACUCGCACUCGGUGCUCUCAAGCGCCCUCAACGCCAAUCGAGUCUCUCGCCGCAAGAGCAUGAACACAGCGACCGGCACCAACGUGGCCGCUGCCCUGGCUGCGGCCAUGCAGAAUGAACAGAAUCCGGGUAGCAAGGUGUCGUCACUUCCCAUCUCGGGAGCGGCGCGUCGUGUGUCCAAGUCUGGGGUCAGCAAGUCCAACUUGGCCGGCAGUCCUCUUUCUCCUCCUGCCAGCUUGCCAUCGCACAAGUUCGUUGCCAAAAACCCCGAGAGCGCAAUCGACGAUUCGGCCGAGAUGUCGCCCGAAGAGUCGCAGCUCGGCGCUGAUCAGGCUCGGGCGCGGAGGGCCAGUGACGGCCAGCAUCUCUCGAAAGACGGCAAGAAGAGCAACCGUGUCGAGGUCCGCUGCGAGACAUGCGGCAAGGUGUACAAGCAUGGCAGCUGCUUGACCAAGCAUUUGUGGGAGCAUACCCCUGAGUGGAACUUCACGUCCAAGCUCCUCAUCUCCAAGCACCAGCAGGUCCAGCUGUUGGAGGCUGCCUCCGUCCUUGUCGGCAUGAACGUCGACACUGACGGGAAUCCGACUACACCACCAGACUCGGCCAAGGACUUUGCUAGCGAGCCCGAAUCCGCGGCAUCGCCAGCGGCCUCGGGCUACUCCGAUGUGCACGACGGCCGAAGCUCGGCUGACACCACGCCACCCCCACAAACAGACCCUUACCUUCACAACAACGUGCCGUCAUACCUGGGUAUGGGCAAGCGCUACAGUAGCGGCAGCAAUGCCAUCUCCCAAUCGUACCAAUCCGGAGUGUCGAGCUCCUUCCGCGCCGGGAGCAUCUCGAGCACACCAAACUUUGGUGGGCACCACCGCCAGCCAAGCUUUGAACGCAGACCCCCUUCACAAGGCCGCAAUAACACGAACCAAGAAGAUCGCGAUCUCGCCGCGGCCGUCGAACUCCUCAGCUGCAGCUUUGGCAGUAACGGUGGCUCCCGAGACGCAAGGCUGCCUUCGGAUGCCCCUCCGGUGCCGCCGUUGCCCAUGCAGUAUCUUGAUCAGGCAGCUUUCUCGAGCACCCCAUUCUUCAACAGCUUCUCGUCACGCCAGAUGCCAGAAAGCUUCACGCGUGGAGACCACCGCCACCAUGCCGAGAACAUGAAGGUCGACGACAGGGAAGAUAGUAUCAUGGACGAAGACGACGACCAUGAUCGCCGGAUGAGGGCGAAUGGCAGCGAGGAUGAUGAUCUCAUGUUUGGUCGCAUGGAUAUCUGA